GAUUAACUAACCACUACUCCCAUUACUGGUAACCGACUCCUCGUCACUUGCUUAUAAGAAGCCCUGUUUGCGGAUGAACCCACACUCUGCUCUAUUUUCUCCUCUUGGAAAAUGAAUCCCAAGACGUUCCUUUGGGCGGUAACUGUGGCAGUGAUAUCAUCUUGUCAGAAUCUGUGCGUGUCUUCGUCCGAGUACAAACUCAACUGGGUUGUUCCUCCCGCAAAUUCUUCCGACACCUUCAACGACUGGGCCUCCAAGAAACGCUUCCAAGUCGGCGAUAUCCUCCAGUUCAAGUACAACAAGGACUCGGUGAUGGAGGUGAAGAUGGAGGAUUACAGAAACUGCGACUCGUCAAGGCCCAGAAGAUUCUCGAACACGGGCAAGACCAGAUUCAGAUUGGAUCACUCUCGUGCUUUCUAUUUCAUCAGCGGAAUGUCCGGUCACUGCGAGAAAGGCCAGAAGUUGAUCGUCAAAGUCAUAUCUCCCGACCCUCCAACUUCUUCUGCUCCCGCGGCGCUCUCUGUCUUAUCCCUCCCCUUCUUCUUCCUCUUGUUUCUCCUUUCCCUUUCCUCCUCUUCUCUUCUUGUUUAGCCCCCCGGCCCGAUUUCAUUCAAUGCUUGUCUCCUUUUUAUGUAUAUUGCCGUUUUUUAUUUUAAUAUUUACCAUCUUUAAUUUGUA